ACAUAUCAACCGCUUUUAAAAUAAAUGAAGGUACAAUGCCUUGGGUAAAUCUUAGUUUAGGGUCAAUUAUUCCACCACAUUCCUGGAGUGCAUGUUCGCUUUGUGGACCCGAUAAUAAUACUUCAGUAAUGUUUGGUGGUGAUUUUGGUGCUACGAAUCCUGCAAACCUAGUUUUCACUUAUAAUCUAAAAACACUACAAUGGAACAAUCCAAUAACCCCUGGUCAACCUCCAAAUAAACAUACACGUUCUAUUUGUGACUUUAAAAUGUAUAUGUUUUCCGGAACUUUAAAUGUGGAAAAUGCUACUAUGGAUAUUCUUGAUACAAAAACACUAACAUGGAGUGUUGGUAGUGUAGUUGGUGCACCAUCGGGAAGAUUUGAUUACACUGUUACUUUAUUACCGAAUGGUAACAUUGUUUACAUAGGUGGUGCAGAUAAUUCUGGUACGAUAAAUUUGUUAAGG